AUGAAAUUUUACAGUUAUCAUCUUGUAAAUUACAUUUAUUCACUGGAGAACGAAGAUGAAGAGGAGAAUCAGGAUGAUGACGACGAAGAUGUGGAUGAGGAUGAUCCUGGAUUUGGUUUUGGAGAUUUUGAAGAACUGACCAAUCGUGUCAGAAAUGCUCGCGGAGGUUGGGUCAUGAUCCAAUGUUCAUAUCGUCUGUAA